CAUCAUCAAGACCACUAGUGGCAACAAUGGGGUAGCUGUAGGGUGCGAGUGUAACGGAGACUUGACACUUAAUUAUAUAUCUAGAAUAAUAAUAAACACAAUAGAACAAUAACCAAUAACAGAACAAUAUAGACAAUGUCUUUCUUUAGGCAAUUGCUUUGUACUGUCUUGGUUAGCUACUCGUGCCUGAGCCUGGGCGUGACGAUGACCUGGCCGUCGUCCACGCUGCUGCUGUUCCGCUCGGAGAACACCCCGCUGCACCGGCCCAUGACGGAGACGGAGCAGGCGCUCUUCGGGAGCCUGUCCUCCAUCGGAGCGCUACUCGCCACGCCGGUGGCCGGCUACUUGUCCGACGUGAAGGGGCGCAAGUUCACCGUCGCGCUGCUGUCGCUGAUGCAUGUUAUCUGCUGGUCCAUGAUAAUCGUGUCAAACCGAGUGGAGGUCGUCCUCACAGCCCUCUUCGUCUCCGGCAUCGGGAGCGGCACCUUCUUCGUCACCCCCGUCUACAUCAGCGACUUCUGUCAGGAGUCCGUCCGAGGCCAGCUGACCUCAGGAGCCGUGAUCUUCUACACCAUAGGAGUUAUAGUCUCGUACAUAGUCGGUGGAUUUCUGGACUAUCAAAUGAAUGUCUACGCUUGCCUAGGCAUUUCUGUGCUGGGGGUCGUGCUGCUGAGUCUUAUAAAAGAGUCUCCUCUGUUCCUGAUGAUAAAGGAGAGAGAACAGGAAGCCAAAGAGUCGAUAGCUUUCUUCCGGAAUGUGAAGAUCGAUUCGAAGGAAGUGCUUCAUGAGAUCGCGACUAUUCGCCGAGGACUCAACCCCGAAAUGGACGAUACAGGCACGCCAGAAGAGGAAUGCAAGCUGAAGCCCAUUGCGGAGAGGAAGAAAUUAUCGCCAUUUCAGUUUAUAAGGAAGUCGUACUCGACCCGGCGCGCGCUGGCCACGGCCGUGAUCCUGCUGACGCUGUCGAUCUUCCAGGGGCUGAUCGCGGUGCAGGUGUACGCGGAGCCGCUGUUCGGCGAGGCCGUGCCCAGCAUGUCCCCCGCCGUCUCCAGCAUCCUGUUCUCCGUCGUCAUGUUCGUGGUGGGCCUCGUCGCGGCUUACCUCACUGAUGUCGUUGGCAGAAAGCCCCUCAUGGUGUACUCGUCGCUCGUGUCGGCGGCCUGCUGCCUGCUGCUCGGCUCCCAGAUCCACUUCCGCUGGGCGCCGCACAGCGCCACCGCCGUCUUCAUAUACAUGUUCUGCGUGGUGUACACACUAGGCGCGGGGACCAUCCCUUACGUGACCAGCCCUGAGCUGUUCCUGCCUGAGAUAAAGAGCUUCGCGACGAUGCUGGUGACGGAGUGGAUCUGGCUGUGCACGUUCGUGAUCCUGUUCGCGUUCCAGCCGGCGGUGGGACUGGUGGGGCUGGGGCCCGUGUUCUACGCGUUCGCCGCCGUCGGCCUCGCCACGGCCGCCUUCGCGCACGGCUGCAUGCCCGAGACCAAGGGGCUGCCCGUCGAUGAGAUACAGGCGCUGUUUAGCAAGAAGCGUGCUACUCCUAGUUACGCAUGAUGGUUUUUGAUAUAAGAACGUUGUGUAGUUAAAUACAUGAUUCAUUUUAUAUCCGAAGA